UGCACUGUUUCUGCUGCCCCCGUUUGCCUAAUUGGCCCAGGCGCUCCACCAGAGCAAAGCCGCCCUAGAACUCCUCGCUGGCCGCCCCCGCGGCUCGCAGCUCGGUAGAGGCGGGAAAGCAGCGCGCCUGCGCCGUGGGAACCGGGGCCGGAGGCGAAAAGCGGGGAGCGGAGGGGGGCCGUUGGAGCCGAGUAGCGUACAGAGCGGCGUGUGACGCGGGGACGCCGCGCGCUCCCAACGUCGCCCCGGUUUGACGCACACGGCACCAAACUGUCUGAUUCCCUGGCCUUUGUGUCCCUGGGAGCUUAAUCUCUGCCAGAGGAAAGCAGGUGUGCUCCACUUCUCCCGUGAACCUGAAGAUGAGUUGUCCCAGACCCUUCUCAGUGAUUGGAAACUUAGGUGGUGGAGCUAAAGGUUUCUUGUUACGAGACUUCCACAGACGACUCUCGUGUUGGGAUCCAUCCAUGGUUUAGCAGCAUUAGUGGAAAACUUUCCUUGAACUGCCUAAGUAAUAUUGACAUAAAUUUAGUUGUUAUAAAACUUUCAUGUCUAGACUUCAAAUUUUGUGUGGUCAUUGAGAAGUACUCCACAAGGGGGUAAACACAAUGGGGGCCUAAAUGAUGGUCCUGUUUUGUAUACAAGUCAAUAAUUACAACAGGAAUACCAAAACACCAUCAUCUCUUCUGGCCAGUUCUGACUAAUGCCAGGCUUGUUGCAUCUGGAUGAUAGAUUAGAUUUGCCUUAAUAGUAUAUUGCCUCUCUGCAGUAGUUUAGUUACAUUUCUUUGGUCCAAGAAGAAGGAAAGCAUUUCAAAAAAUAGACAACUCAAGUUACUCAAAGGAAACCUGCUGUUUGCCUUCAGUGUCAUGUAUGCCAUUAAGAACAUUCAUAAUUCAUGAGAAGCGGUCAUAAUAACAACGUGGACAGCAAUUUGGAAGAAGCUGAAUUCAACCCUCAUGGAUGACUUGGAGAGAGGUUCAUGACUUCAGUGGAGGAAGUAACUUCAGGUGUGGUGGAAAUAGCAAGACAACUAGAAGUGGAGCCUGAAGGUGUGACUGAAUGGCUGCAAUCUCAUGAUAAAGCUUGAACAGGUGAAGAGUUGAUGAGCAAGGAAAGUGCUUUUUAAAGAUGCACUCCAGUCCUGGUGAAGAUGCUGUGCAGAUUGUUGAAAUGACAACAAAGGAUUUACAUAUUAUAUAAACUUGAUAAAGCAACAGCAGGGUUUGAGAGGACUGGCUCCAAUUUUCAAAGAAAUUUUACUGUGGCUAAAUUGUUUUCAAACAGCAUCACUUGCUACAGAGAAAUAGUUCAUGAAAGGAAGACUCAUUUGAUGUGGCAAACUUGUCUUAUUUUAAGAAAUUGCCGCAGCCACCCAACCUUCAGUAGCCACCACCCUAAUCAGUCAGCAUCUAUCAACUCUGAGGCAAGACCAGCAAAAAGAUUAUGACUCAUUGAUAACUCAGAAAAUGUACUUGGAAACAUCCUGGGAAGGAUUCCCAAUUUCCCACACUGGCCUGCCUCCUCAUCUAUGAACAAAUUGCUGCGGCUGCCUGAGGAAUUCUCAUCAGCCUGGAUGCCACUUGUUCAUCCCUCAGUCCGGAGGCCUAUGGUGCCACUUUAACAGUUUGAGUUAAUUUCGAAUGAGAUUGUUUUUGCAACGAGAUGUUAAUAAGACAAAAUCUAGACUAAAUGUGUUAAAUGGGCUUGCCAACAAUAUGGAUGAUUUGAAGAUAAACACCGAUAUUACUGGUGCUAAAGAAGAACUCCUAGAUAACAACAGUUUUAUCUCAGACAAAGAGAGUGGAGUUCAUAAACCAAAAGAUUGUCAGACAUCAUUUCAGAAAAAUAAUACACUCACUCUGCCUGAAGAACUGUCAAAGGACAAAUCUGAAAAAGCCUUAAGUGGAGGCCAGUCUACUCUAUUUAUACAUGCUGGUGCUCCUACUGUUUCUAGUGAAAACUUUAUCUUGCCUAAAGGAGCUGCUGUUAAUGGACCAGUUUCACACUCCUCCUUAGCUAAGACUUCCAGUAUGAAUAAAGGCAGUGUUUCAUUAACCACUGGACAACCUGUGGAUCAGCCAACAACAGAAUCUUGUUCAGCUUUGAAGGUGGCACCUGAUCUUCAGCUAUCUACACCACAGAAAGCAAAUCAACACCAAGUUUUAUUUUUGUUAUCAGAUGUAGCACAUGCUAAGAAUCCAACCCAUUCCAUUAAAAAACUACCUACCUCUGCUUCCGUUGGUUGUGACAUUCAGAAUUCAGUAGGGAGUAGUAUAAAGUCAGAUAGCACUUUAAUAAACCAAGUAGAGGUGGGUGAGGAUAGUGAUGAUUUAUUGGUAAAAGAUGAUUGUGUCGAUACAUUAACAGGAAUCUCCUCAGGUACAGAUGAAUUUAGGUCAGAAAAUGAGACAAACUGGGAUCCCCAAAAAGAGUUCAUUCAGUUUCUUAUGACUAAUGAAGACACAGCAGAUAAAGCUCCAGUUCACUCCAAAGUAGGUCUAGAAAAAAAGAGAAAGCGGAAAAUGGAUGUAAGCAAGAUAACUCGUUACACUGAAGAUUGCUUUAGUGAUUCAAAUUGUGUACCCAAUAAGUCAAAAAUGCUAGAAGUAGACUUUCUAGAACAGAAUGAAGAACUACAAGCAAUAGACUCACAGAAAUAUGCAUUAUCAAAAGUGAAGCCUGAAUCAACUGAUGAAGACUUGGAAUCUGUGGAUGCUUUUCAGCAUCUAAUUUAUAACCCAGAUAAGUGUGGCGAAGACAGUUCACCCGUUCAUACUAGCACUUUUCUUUCUAAUACCUUAAAAAAGAAAUGUGAAGAAAGUGAUUCCGAGUCACCUGCUACUUUCAGCACCGAAGAGCCAUCAUUUUACCCCUGUACAAAGUGCAAUGUGAAUUUUAGGGAGAAGAAGCACCUCCACAGGCAUAUGAUGUAUCAUUUAGAUGGGAAUAGCCACUUUCGUCAUCUUAAUGUCCCAAGGCCAUAUGCUUGUAGAGAAUGUGGACGGACAUUUCGAGAUCGUAACUCACUUCUAAAGCAUAUGAUUAUUCACCAAGAAAGAAGACAGAAGUUGAUGGAGGAAAUUCGCGAAUUGAAAGAACUUCAGGAUGAAGGAAGAAGUGCACGAUUACAGUGCCCUCAGUGUGUGUUUGGUACCAAUUGCCCUAAAACAUUUGUGCAGCAUGCUAAAACCCAUGAAAAAGAUAAAAGGUACUACUGCUGUGAAGAGUGUAACUUCAUGGCAGUGACAGAAAAUGAAUUAGAAUGCCAUCGAGGCAUUGCCCAUGGAGCGGUGGUAAAAUGCCCUAUUGUCAGUUCUGAUAUAGCCCAGAGAAAAACGCAAAAAAAGACUUUCAUGAAAGACUCUGUUAUAGGAUCAUCCAAAAAAUCAGCUACCUACAUAUGUAAGAUGUGUCCUUUUACAACUUCAGCCAGAAGUAUUUUAAAAAAACACAUGGAGUACUUGCAUUCAUCAUCAUGUGUUGAUUCAUAUGGUAGUCCACUUGGACUUGAUAAAAGAAAAAGUGACAUUCUUGAAGAACCUAUAGAUAUUGAUAGCACUAAACCUUUAAUUAAACAACAGUCAACCACAUUUCCAAAGAACUCUGCUUUAAAACAAGAUGUAAAGCGAACAUUUGGAUCAUCCUCACAAUCAGGUAAUUUUUCCAAAUUCCAUAAGCGGCCACACAGAGUACAAAAAGCUCGGAAAAGCAUUGCCCAGUCAGGUGUAAAUGUGUGCAAUCAAAACAAUUCUCACAAGACUGUUAUGAUUAAAAGCAGCACUGACCAAAAACCUAAGUAUUUCCAUCAAGCAGCAAAAGAAAAAUCUAAUGCCAAGGCAAAUAGCAACUAUUUAUAUAGACACAAAUAUGAAAACUACAGAAUGAUCAAAAAAUCAGGUGAAUCAUAUCCUCUACAUUUCAAAAAAGAAGAAGCCAGUUCACUAAACUCUUUACAUCUGUUCUCAUCAUCAAGUAAUUCUCACAACAAUAGUUUUAUUUCAGACCCUCAAAACUCUGACACGAAAAGGCCAGAAAGCUUCAGAGAACACAGGCGUGUAGCUGUAAAGAGAGUAGUUAAGGAAUCCAAGAAGGAAAGUUCUGUUGGAGGAGAAGACUUGGAUAGCUAUCCAGAUUUCUUGCAUAAAAUGACUGUUGUUGUUUUGCAGAAACUUAAUUCUGCUGAAAAGAAAGAUAGCUAUGAAACAGAAGAUGAAAGUUCCUGGGAUAAUGUUGAGCUAGGUGACUACACUACACAGGCCAUAGAAGAUGAAACCUAUAAUGAUAUUAAUCAAGAACAUGUAAACUUAUUCCCGCUUUUUAAAAGCAAGGUAGAAGGUCAAGAGCCUGGAGAAAAUGCUACCCUCAGUUAUGACCAGAAUGAUGGCUUUUAUUUUGAAUAUUAUGAAGAUGCUGGAACUAAUAACUUUUUGCAUGAGAUACAUGAUCCUCAGCAUUUAGAAAAUGCAGAAACUUCAUUGUCAAAGCAUAGUUCUGUUUUUCACUGGACUGAUCUGUCUCUUGAGAAGAAAUCAUGUCCUUACUGCCCAGCAACAUUUGAAACAGGUGUUGGGUUAUCAAAUCAUGUUCGAGGACAUCUUCACAGAGCUGGAUUAAGCUAUGAAGCCCGUCAUGUUGUAUCACCGGAACAAAUAGCCACAAGCGACAAAAUGCAACAUUUCAAAAGAACUGGCACAGGGACACCUGUUAAGCGAGUUAGAAAAGCUAUAGAGAAGUCUGAAACCACUUCUGAACACACUUGUCAGCUCUGUGGUGGUUGGUUUGAUACUAAAAUUGGAUUAUCGAAUCAUGUUAGAGGCCAUCUGAAAAGACUUGGAAAGACCAAAUGGGAUGCUCAUAAAUCUCCAAUCUGUGUUUUGAAUGAAAUGAUGCAAAAUGAAGAAAAAUAUGAAAAAAUCUUAAAAGCAUUGAACAGUCGUCGUAUUAUUCCCAGACCAUUUGUAGCUCAAAAACUUGCAUCAAGUGAUGACUUUCUAUCUCAAAAUGUUAUACCUCUUGAAGCAUACCGUAAUGGCCUAAAGACUGAAGCUUUAUCAGUGUCUGCAUCAGAAGAGGAAGGGCUGAGUUUCUUAAAUGAAUAUGAUGAAACAAAACCAGAACUGCCCAGUGGAAAAAAGAAUCAGUCUCUUACACUGAUAGAACUGCUUAAAAAUAAAAGGAUGGGAGAAGAAAGGAAUUCUGCUAUUUCUCCUCAAAAAAUUCAUAAUCAAACUGCAAGAAAGAGAUUUGUUCAGAAGUGUGUUCUUCCAUUAAGUGAAGACAGUCCGUUGAUGUAUCAGCCACAAAGAAUGGACUUGACUAUGCACUCAGGUAUGCCUGUGAAGCUUAGAACAUGUGUGCAUUGCAAUACGACGUUUACAAGUGCUGUUAGCCUGUCCAACCACUUACGCGCUUAUGCACGAAAGAAGAGUGCUGGACUUUUGACUGGUACAGCCUUAGAUUGUAAGCAAAAGAAAUCAAGGUCAAGAUCUGGAAGUAAGAAGAAAAUGCUAACGUUACCUCAUGGUGCUGACGAGGUUUACAUUCUCCGAUGCAGGUUUUGUGGCCUAGUCUUUCGUGGACCAUUGUCUGUUCAGGAAGACUGGAUUAAGCACUUACAACGACACAUUGUAAACGCUAAUCUUCCACGGACUGGAGCUGGCAUGGUGGAAGUCACGUCACUACUUAAAAAGCCUGCCUCCAUUACAGAAACUUCAUUUUCUCUACUAAUGGCAGAAGCAGCUUCAUAGAACAAGGAAACCUUUUAAAUAGCAAAUUUAAAUUGGAUGUACAUUUGAAAUUCUUUGUCUUUUUUUUUAAAGCCACGUUAAAUUAUCCGUUUAUAAAUACUAAAGCAGGAAUAUGGGGAAAAGUGAAUUACAGUGACAUCAGAGCAAACUGAGUACUUCAAACAGUAAGUAGUCUAUAUAUUUUAUAUAGGACGGAAGCUGUGUUUUUAAGGUUUACUAAGUUUUGUCAGUUAAUGGUGUUCACUCGAUGAAAGAUCAGGACAUGUAAGCAGUCAUUAAUAAACUGUUGCACAUGAAUAACUUAAAGACAGACUUACUGGAAAAUUACAUUUUCUGCAGUGUUACCAGAAUCAAAGUUCUGUUUAUUCCCCACAAGACUUGCAUUGAAAAAUAAGAUAUUAUAUUUUGUUUGUAUGUAUUUAGUGUUUUGUAUAAUACCAGGAACCGCUAAACUAAAUUUACUCAACUUAGGGCAUUAAAUAUCAUGUACUUCAUAGUUUGAGACUGUUCACUCAAAUAGGGCAGAGUACUAUUCUAUCUAGAUGUGUAAGUGUUUUUUUAAAAUCACAUGGAACGGUUUUUUUUAUACUAAAAAGUGGAGGGAGAUUUGUUUAAACAAGUAUUUCUAAAAGAAAUAUGUACAUAGUCCUGGAAAUUAUUUGUGGUAAGGAAAUAUUCUUUACUCCAGUUGCAUUUCUCAGACAAUAAAGUGGUGCAUCCAUGCUACCUCCUACUUUGUCAACAAAGAUGCUAUUUACCCUUUACAUUUUUGUAUCAUAAUAGAUUUAAAAAAUCUAAUGUUCUUUAUUGCAAGACAUCCCUUUUGUUAACAGAUUUGUUUCUUUUUAAUGUUUUACUUAAAUUUUGACAUGCUUACAGGACAGGUUUGCCUCUUACUUUAUUUAACAUUGUAGAAAUGUAAUUAAUGAACAAUGCUCACUACACAAUUUAGAAUAGGCUUUCUCAUUUAUAUCCCAAAUUUGAUCAGUUAGCAAAACUUAAUACACCAAUUGAAAUAUUUCUACAUAUGAUGAGAAUGUUUACAAUUUAAAUUUUAGAACUUGUUUUGGAUGUGACUAUAUGUACGAAAAUCGUGUAACACUAUGCUCAUGCUAAGAACCGACAUAACGGAAUUACUGAAAUAAAUGUGCUGUGAGGAAUGGAAAAUAUGGUGCAGAUGUCUUGGUCAUGAUAAAUUGUGAUUCUUUUAAACUCUUUCCAAAAACAAAUUAGUUCUUUUAACCUGCAAUCAGAUUCCUUUACAAAUAACAGUUUUUGUAUGCAAGCACCAUUUCAUUUUAUUUCAUGUAGUAUGGCUAAUACUAUAGUUGAAACAAGGAUAUGCAUUGAUAAUUUUCUUCGUAUGUAAAUAAAGUUAAAAACAGUUAAAAUAAGGAGUAUUUUGGUAGAGUAUAUACAUACCUCACUGCCAGUGAAUUGCUUUCCUAUGGUAUAUCUCCUUACCAGAAAAAUCUCUAAAUAAAAAAAGACUUAAAGAAAAUUA